CAUCAUUAUUAGGCCAUCAUUACCCUAUAAAAAGCAUUUGCUUUUCUCUGAAAUAGUCAAGCAAAACAAGUCACUAAAACCCUAUUCAUCUGAUCAUCUGUGCUUCAAAUUCCAGCAGGCCUGAAAAAGAUGGCAUUGAUCAAGUCCCAGAUUGUGGUAGUGUUUCUCUGCCUAGAAAUGCUAGCACUUGCAGUGAGUUCGAAUGCAGGAGGAAUAUCCAUCUACUGGGGUCAAAAUGGAAAUGAGGGCACCUUGGCAGAGACUUGUGCCACAGGAAACUAUGACUACGUGAAUAUAGCUUUUCUAGCCACCUUUGGAAAUGGUCAGACUCCUGUCAUUAACCUUGCUGGUCAUUGUGAUCCAUCCAAUAAUGGGUGUACCGGCAUAAGCUCCGACGUCAAAUCAUGUCAAGCCAAAGGUAUUAAGGUGAUACUCUCGAUCGGAGGAGGGGCAGGGAGCUACUCCCUUACCUCGUCCGAUGAUGCUAGACAGGUUGCUACUUAUCUUUGGGACAACUUCUUGGGGGGACAAUCCUCCUCUCGCCCACUUGGCGACGCUGUUUUGGAUGGAAUUGACUUUGAUAUCGAAGGAGGCAGCAACCUAUAUUGGGAUGAUUUGGCAAGGUACCUAUCUGAUUACAGUAAUCAGGGUAAGAAAGUGUACUUAACUGCAGCUCCUCAGUGUCCCUUUCCUGAUGCUUGGGUUGGAGAUGCCCUUAAAACUGGUCUAUUUGACUAUGUCUGGGUUCAAUUCUACAACAACCCUCCUUGCCAAUACACUCCUGGUAGUAUUAAUGAUCUUGAAAGUGCCUGGGCGCAGUGGACAUCUGAUAUCCCAGCUACAAAGAUUUUCUUAGGACUUCCUGCUGCUCCUGCAGCAGCUGGAAGUGGCUUCAUUCCUGCAACCGAUCUCACUUCCAAAGUGCUUCCAGCCAUCAAGGAUUCUCCCAAGUAUGGAGGCGUUAUGUUGUGGUCCAAGUAUUACGAUGAUCAAUCUGGAUACAGUUCCUCCAUCAAGAGCGAUGUUUGAAAAGCUUGAUCACUAUUUGAGAUUUGUAUCCCAGUAACGUCCUAGAUUUAUGUUCUACUUGAGUUCUAUCUAUAUGUGUAUUAUUUUCAUGCAUAAAUAUAUAUAUA